GGUAAACUAACUGAAUGUAAUGAAUAUGUUUAAGCUUCACGGCCGUCAUCAACAUUUGUUCUAACAAAUAAGGAUGCUUACAUAGAUAAGUGUAACAGCUCAUCGUUUUUUCAUUAUUACCAGUAGGUUAAAAUAUGAAUUAAUUUAAGACCAGGAACAAUAUACAUUACAUAAAGCAAGACACUAACAAAGAAUACUGUAUUAUGCUCUUUUUUAAGAGGCAAACUGUCACCAAGGGGCUUAGCAUCAAAUUCAACUGUCAAAUUGGGCAGUAUGUCAACAUUUCACGAUGAUUAAUACGACUAAUACCGUUUUAAAAGACAGGGUAACUUUGUAUAGCAAAAAGUGGUAAAAUAAUUUUAACUCCAGUAACCGCGAAGUUGUUUUUUCUCUCAGAAACUAUGGAUGAUAUCUGAAUUACUGAAUUACUGUCCAAUUCCAGGACCAAGAUUUAAACAGGUGCCAGGCCGUGAGCAUACACCUUGUCCUCCCGCAGCAAGCCCGGUCCUACCGCCGCCUACCUCAGCACCUGGAGCACCAGGGGAUUCAGUAUCACGCUGUUACAUCACCUUGCAUCAUAAUUACAGUUUUGUUGCCAAAGCUUACUCCAAGUCCUGAAAAGUAAACGAAAUUACACAGCAAUUGUGGAUUAUGUUUGGCACACUAUUAUACCUAUUUAAUGCCCCAAAACCUAGCACUAUUCUUAAUAUUUCGACGCACGUCCACUAGCAGGAUAAAAAAAAAUAUCUGUACAGCUGUAAAAAAAAGACCUACUCUGUACCAAAUCGCUAUCCCAUUUAAAAACGUCAUACUGAACUGGGCGAAAAUAUAAGGUGCUUAAUGAUAGUGCCUUCCCGGCUUCGCGGAGCCGGAGCUGCUGUGAGGCGCUUCCCCCUGCCUCCUCCUCCACGGCGGCGGCGUCGUCUCCCGGAAGCGGUGCGGCAACCUGCUGCCUCUCGGAGGCUUGUGUUUCCUGUUGACGAGCGGGAAGAGCGAACCUGAACGCUUUGGUUUCAUCUGCUGCUGCUCUCUGGUUUCCACUUUUCGCUUUCCGAUUGCUGUCUCUUUAAAAGUGCAGAGAGCCGCCUGCAGUUCCGAUUCGAUCUGCAGCGGUUCAGGGCGCAUCGCCUUCUCGGCUAAAGUUUGGAGGGAUCUGGGGGUGCGACACGGAUGGAGGACCCGGCGGACUCCGGCGGUGGUACCGCAGCUCUUGCGGGCCCCUCUAAGCAGGUGACGGAGAUCCGCUGCCCGGCGGGGGCCCGUCCCCUGCGGCUGCUGGAGUGGAAGGUAAAGCCGGGAUCGUAUGUGAAUAUCGACUCCGUCCUGGCGCUGUGCGCCCCGCUCCCGGUGGAGAGGGAGGCCGGAGCAGAGCCCCAGGGGCCGCCGACUCGGUCGACGGAGAAGAAGGUGAAAUCGGACCGGGCCGGCGUGGUCAGAGAGCUCUGCUGUCAACUCGGACAGGUCGUUUCUCCGGGGGCGAUACUGGUGCGCAUCGAGGAAUGCAGUCACCCCAUUGUCAUGAAGGGACUGUGUGCGGAAUGCGGCCAGGAUCUUACACAGCUAGAAAGCAAAAACGGGAAACAGCAGGCGCCCAUAUCCACAGCCAGGGUGUCGAUGGUCCACAGUGUUCCAGAGCUCAUGGUCAGCUCGGAGCAAGCAGAACAGCUGGGGCGCGAGGACCAGCAGCGCCUACACCGCAACAGGAAGCUGGUGCUGAUGGUGGACCUGGACCAGACUCUUAUCCACACCACGGAGCAGAACUGCCAGCGCAUGUCCAAUAAGGGAAUCUUCCACUUCCAGCUGGGCCGCGGGGAGCCCAUGCUGCACACCCGGCUGCGCCCGCACUGCAAGGACUUCCUGGAGAAGAUCGCCAGGCUCUACGAGCUGCACGUCUUCACCUUCGGGAGCCGGCUCUACGCGCACACCAUAGCAGGAUUUCUGGAUCCGGAAAAGAAACUCUUCUCCCAUCGGAUUUUGUCGAGAGAUGAAUGCAUUGAUCCCUUCUCCAAAACGGGGAACCUAAGAAACCUUUUCCCCUGUGGCGAUUCCAUGGUGUGUAUUAUCGAUGACCGGGAAGACGUCUGGAAGUUUGCUCCUAACCUCAUCACGGUCAAGAAGUACAUCUACUUCCAGGGCACCGGUGACAUCAAUUUGCCAGGAGCCAACCACGUGAGCCCACCGGCGGAGAACGCGGAGCAGGCCGCGCCGGCAGCGAAGGAGCUGUCGGCAGAGGAGCAGAGCAACGGGCUCAGGAAGCGCGGCCGGGAUCGCCACGGCAACAAGCGGGCCCCCGCCGAGGAGGAGCCGCCCUCCAAGUGCGAGGCCACCGCGCCGCAGGACUGCGCGAGCGACCGGACACACCCGGGCGGGGAGGAGGAGACGUCCGCGGCGGCGGCGCCGGACGGCUUGCGGGUGGGCGACUCGAAGAGUGCCAGGGGCCGGAGCGAGCAAGACGGCGGCAGGGUAGGCAGCCCGAAGCCCACGACGAAAGGGACCGGCGGGCCGGGCAACGACCUGGACUUUGACCUCUCCAGCGACAGCGCUAGCGACUCCGGUGCCGGCAACCCCUCCUCUUCGGACAGCGAGGAGGAGGAGGAGAAGCGCAGCUGGAGGAAAGACAAGGAAUCCGGGGCCGCGGAGCCGAUGGGAACCGACGAGGUCAAGGCCUCUGGGGAGAAUCACUCCGGGGAGGAUCCUCUUGCCGGAAUCCGGCUGAGCCAGGAGCCGGAUAGCCUAGGGGAGCUCGGCAACGGCUGUCCGGAGAAGAAGGAGGCGGAGACGGAAUCGCAGAACAGCGAGCAGUCGGGCGUGACCAUGGGGGAGGAGUCCUUGGAUCAGAGCAUGGAGGAGGAAGAGGAGGAGGAAGAGACGGACCUGGAUCAGGAUGACCACCUGAUUUACCUGGAAGAGGUCCUGGCCCGCAUCCACACGGAGUACUAUGCCCAGUACGAGCGCUUCUUGAAGGGCGAGUGCCCCGACACGCCCGACAUCCGGAAAAUUGUCCCCGAGCUAAAAAGCAAAAGCCUGGCAGAAACCAACAUUGUGUUCAGUGGCUUGUAUCCCACCAACUACCCCAUGGAGAGGACGCGGGAGUACUACCACGCCAAGGCCUUGGGGGCGAACAUCAGCAGAAAUCUUGUUCUGAACCCCAAAGACCCCAACCGCACAACGCACCUCAUAGCAGCUCGGGCUGGCACGGAGAAGGUGCGGCAGGCCCAGGGCUGCAGGCACCUGCACGUGGUCAAUCCCGACUGGCUGUGGGGCUGCCUGGAGCGCUGGGAGAGUGUGGAGGAGCAGCUGUAUCCUCUCAAGGAGGACUACAUCAGGACGCCAAGAAGCAGCAGUCCCGCCGGCUUCCCCGAUGCCCAGGGCGCCUGCCCCACCCCGGUGUUUCACCCCACGCCUAUCCACCCGAGGACGCCCGCGGGGCCCGAGGUGCGGACGUACGACUCGGUCACGGGCAAGCUGAUCCGGAAGGGGCCCCAGAGCUCCCGGCCCUCUCCCUACGCCCAGGCUUCCGGGCCCCCAGUGCCCCUGCCGGCGCACGGAGACCAGUCUUCCUUCAGGGUGGUGCAGCCGCCGCUGCCCCAGCAGGAGGAAGAAGAAGAAGAAGAAGAGGAGGAGGAGGAGGAGGCGUCGCUGGGGCCCAGCGGAGACAAGGAGCGGCCAGGCCCCUCUCGCAGGAAGCGGCAGCCCAGCAUGUCGGAGUCGAUGCCGCUGUACACGCUGUGCAAGGAGGACCUGGAGAGCAUGGACAAGGAGGUGGAUGACAUCCUAGGGGAAGAGAGUGACAACGAGAGCGAAGGUGGAAAAGAGGAGAAGAUGGAAGAGGAAAGCCAACAGAAUCCAGAGGGGAAACGCCCGGAUGUUCCAGGGACAGUGACAGAAGAGAGCCCCAAGAUCCCCUCUAGCGGCGAAGGCAGUACCCCCAGAAAUUUUCUGUGUUUUCUUUAUUGGGACUUGAGGAAUCAAAUACAGCGCAGCAUCUCCGCCAGUCCUCCCAACACAACAGCGAUGCCCCUGCGGACAGACUCUGGAGGAGGAGCCACUCCAGACUGGACCGGAAGGAUGGAGUUCUGCAGCUCCACGAUCCACCCCCCUGGCCGCAGGGGCCACAAGCGCAAGCUGCAGGAGGCCAAGGAAGGCGACGACGACUCGGGCAGCGAGUCCAGCAAGGCGUCGAGUAACGAGGAUGAGGAAGGCAGCAGUUCGGAAGCGGACAAAAUGGCCGCCGCUCUCGAAGCGGAGCUCAAUGACUUCAUGUGAUGGGAAUGGCCCGCUGGUCCCGGGGAGAGACUUCUGCUCUCGUCGCUUCAGAGCCACGAGGUCGUCGUUCAUGUGCGAAACCCCACAGUGGCCACCCUGUGUGAAUGAAAUGAAACCAGCAGUGUGUGUUUGGGGAGACUCGGUGUGUGUGUAUAGUUAUACGGCUAGAAUAGAGAAUUUUAGCAGUUUAUGUGAAAUAUUAAAAAAGGAGAAUAAAAGCUGUUUUAAUGUUUUAUUGUGAAAUAAAAUAGAUGAAAACUUGUUUUGUGUAUGUUUUAUUUGGGUUACUUUGUUUUUUAUAAAUGUAAAAAAAAAAAAGAAAAAUGGUCAGGUAUGCCAAAGAGUUUAAACAGGGCACUUCUGAGCCUGCAACAAUGUUUUUUUCCUGCUUUUCUUUCUGUUUUUAAUGAGUAAUUGACAUUGUAUUUCAUUACAGCCAUGUAACUAGCAGCACCAUGCAGAAAACUUUUGAAUAAAUGGAAAAAUUAGAUUUUUUAUCAACAGUAACCUUAACAUAUGAGCCAGAUUUGUCUACCCAUGAUAAAACAAGGUUCAACUAUAACAAUUAAGGAGUGGGUACUCUGGGUUUAUCCUACCUGGUGUUCUCCUCGUCUUGUCUUUUACGAGACGAUUGUGGAAUUUUAAGAUUGUGACAGCUGCUGCACUAUGCUUUCCAAAACCCGGGUUCUGUAAGAGUGUAGGUUUUCAGUUUUGCUCUACUCAAACUUUGGAUUUUGAACACAUCACUCUCUGAUCCUUUACUGCCAUACAGUGUGGUUCCAGCCCUUGAGCCUGAAAAAACAAAAUCUGCCAUCAUGUUUGAGACUUUUUGUUGUUUUGUUUGAAAUGGCAAGACUGAUGUAAAGUUUUUGUAUAUUCUAUUUCAUAUUUGACCUCCAGGAAUAAUUCUUUUCAUUUAAUAAAGAUUUGUUUUUUAA